AUGGCUGAGAAGUGUGAAUCAGACAAACUUCCAAGUUCUUCACCGAACCUGAUAUGUCCAUUAUGCCUUGUUAUAUUUGUCGAGGCGACAAUCCUGACUUCAUGUGGACACACAUUUUGUAGGCGAUGCCUCAAGAAAUACGAUCUAACCCAUCAGGACCUUGAUCACAUGGUCUGUCCUCUCUGCAGGAAGAUAACCAAGUUGUACGCCAACCGUGUCGAUGAUCUCCGCCUCAAUGACUCCAUCAACGGACGCGUAGACGAUUACCACGCCAAGUGUGGAGGGAUGAAUGCUGUCCUUGAGAUGUGCCAGAAAUGCACCGCUUGCAAGUCUCUGAAAGACGCUGUAUCAUUCUGCAGAACAUGUAAUUAUUACAUGUGUGAUGAGUGCUUACAUUGUCAUCUUAAUCUUACAGUCGUCUUCGAAAGUCAUGAGAUUGUCUCCAUUGAUGAUGUCAUCGAAGGGAAGGUCAGCAUUGGUCAUUUAUUCGAGAAGUGUUCCAUCCACAAACAAGAGAACAAAGAUAUGUUUUGUGAGGUUUGUAAGGUCCAUGUCUGUCAAAAAUGUGUACUCGUUGAUCAUCAAAAUCACAAAAUCAAGAACCAGGUUGACUUUGAGCAGGAGUUGCGACGGAAGGUGACAGACCUUGCUCAACGAUGUGCCGACAAGAAAGCAGAGCUGGAGAAGAACAUUCAGAACAUAGAAAUACAACGUCAUGAGGUACACACUGCAGUGCAGACACUACUAGAUGAUGUCAGGCAAGCCUACAGCAUCAAGGCCAAGGAACUUGAAGAAAAUCUUCGAAAUCUCACCGACCAAAUACAUGCAUUACAGCAUAGUUUUGAUGACGAGCUCGACGUCUUGAAGUCAAAAGAUCGACAGAGGAUCAAGAGUAUUUGUAGAUCAAUUACUUUGGUAGAUAAUGACAGACUGGGUCAUCUUGAGACAGACACUCUAUCUGCUCAUACCUCGCUCUGUGAGGAGCUGGAUGCCAUGCUGAAGGAGUUUACUGAUCACACUUCUGCGGAAGCUAUUAAGAAGAAAGCACAGGAGAAGAGGUUCAAACCAGCAGACGAUACUCGUCUUGACCUCGGGAGUAUUUCAGGAUCAUGUCCCAAGAUGAAAGUCAUUCAGUGUGUUGAUCUACGGGAAUGGAUGCACGGUAUGACAAGGUACUCCAAUAGCACUGUCGCUAUCGUGUAUGGGGAUUGUGUACAAGGUAUUGAUAUCAUUGAUUCAAAUGGUGGUAAGCAACGAUAUAGUAACAUAUUAGCCUUAAAUGACAUGAAAUGUUAUGAUCUGGUUUUGCAACGGGACGGGGCGUUAUGCAUGUCGACUGGUUAUACAGAAGCCCACAUCUACUCUCGCCUUGGCUUCAGGAAAGCAACAAUCCACGUGAGAGACAAUGGAUAUUUUCUCAGAGUUAACAGAAGUCCAUCAGAUGAAAUCAUCAUUAGUAACUAUAGAAAAAAAGUCUAUAUCUAUGACCCGACAGGAUCCACUCUUAAACACACUGUUCAAACAAAGAACAGGACGAAGCAGGCAUCUAUCACAAGGACGGGUUUGAUCGUCACGAGUUCAUGUUUUGCCGAUCCAAGCGUGAUGACGGUCUAUGACAGGGAUGGGAAUGCUGGUGAGUCUCUACAAGCUCCAGAGGAUGUCUACCUGUAUGCUGCCGUGGAUGAGCAGGACAGGGUGUAUGUAGCGAGUGCUGAUACGAAGAAUAGUAGCGUCGUGAUCAGGCUCUAUGAUCUUGAUGGUCUGAACCUGAAGGAAAGAGUUGAAUUUAAUGCACUUAAUAUGACAUUGGGUUGGAAGUCGUGUUACCUGGUUUCUCUCUCCCCAGACAUGCUCGCCUUUGCUUGUUAUAAAAAGUUAUAUUUCAUCAAGGUAUCACUGUAA